GCCCAGCGGGUUAGACAGCAUCUCUAGGGGAAAAUGAAUAGGUGACGUUUCGGGUCGAGACCCUUCUUCGGUGUGAAACAGUCCAUUCCUUCUCUCCAGAGAUGCUGCCUGGCUGACCCGCUGAGUUACUCCAGCAUUUGGUGUCUAUCUUUGUGACAGUCAUGAGUUAGCCCACACGUGGAUUGCAGACACGUUUCUAUACAGUGGACAGGUCCGCUCCGGGUUGCGAGCAGUCCCGUAUAGAUGGAGGCGGCUUAGAGAGAGCGGCUGGCUGGACUGUGGGCAUCUUCUGCCGGGUGAGAACUCUGUCGGAGGCGAUGCCUGGUUAUUUGAGAAUCAGCAACAAUGCAGAAAAUGAGGCUAGUUGAGUUCAUGGAUGGUGUCUUGUGGUUUGAAGAAGUACUAGAAGAUUACGCAGAAGACUGUUUGGAGUUUUCCCACAAGGACACGGUGAUUUUGCGGGACAGGCAGCAAUACGUUUUGAUCGUCCUGAAUGAAGGAAAAACUAAAGUAGGCUGCUUCAAAGACAUGAACAAAAAACAAUUAAAAGAAGCAAAGAGGAUUGACAACUCAAAGAGCGGUGUUGUAUUCGACCUCAUUUCUUAUCAGCCAACUGACUGUGAAACUGAUUGUAUAUACAACGAUUGUCUGAGUCCAGUUAGUUUUGUUCUCCAAAGCAAUUCGAUGAAGUAUCAGAUGUCAUGCAGCAAGGCAAAGACUAUCGAGUUUCUGGAGAUGAAAACUUCGGAGGAAGAUACCGUGGAUGCAAAGCAAUGCAACCUCAUAUUCUACAAGAGAAGAGUCAAUGACCAGUAUUCAAUGUUUGAAUCUAUGUUGGCACAGAAUCACUACCUCUGCACAGAAUUUGAAAAUGGACUCUAUAAAUUAGGGUUGAAGGAGGUCCAGACCAAAAUCGAUGAAACGGCACAGAUAGAAGUGUCAGGGUGUGAGUCAAAAUAGUUUGGGGUAUUUGGACAACCCUUCCAAAAGGCAAUUGACAAAUGUAUUUCUAAACCUAGAACAAAAGACCAGAUCCUCUCACACGCAUCCCAGUCCAGAGGAAUAGUCUCGACCAAAAACAUCGACUCAUUUCCCACAAAAGAUGCUGCCAGCCCUGCUGAGUUCCAACAGCAGUUGGACUUUUGGCUCGGGAUUCCAGCAUCUGCCGUCUUUUGUAUCUCAAUGAGAGAGCGUGGAUAGUUUUCCCUGCUUUUUGUAACUUAAGCUUUAAGUGUGCCUUGCAUUCCCUCAUGCUAUGAUGAGAGAGAAACACAUUUGAAGAAAGCAUUUGCUUUUAGUUUUUUAGGGUUGUGGGAGUAGAUGAUGUGAAUUGAGCAGCCCCUGCAGGUUACAGACGGUGUUCCCAUUCAGCAGCUGUUCUCCUUGGUGUUCUAGGUCCCAACGUUUGGUCUCAGCCUGCAUGAAGAACUGCAGACUAUUUAUUUAACUUCAAUGUUAUAUCUUUGCAAUAAAUGGUGUACCCAUUAUCCUUUAUAUGUGCACUGUGGACAGCU